UCACCCCGUGCUGAAAGCAAAGCUGAUGGCUACCUCCUCUCUAACACCCUCUCCUCUAUUUCCCCCGUUCGCGCACAAGCUGUGAGCCAUUCCUGCCUUCCUUGAUGGGGUGGCUCCACUCCCUCUUCUCCCCCAUCAGGAGGCUCUGGGUUCGCGCGCAUUCCAGGCGUCGAAACCGGAGGGGAAUGCACAUCCUGUACAAGGAUGUUCAGUCCUGCCAGGACGAGGAUGUGCAGGUCCUGUGGUCGAUCUUUGUGGACUCACACCGCCACCCAGGUCUCAUGAAGCUGAAGCUCUGAGCACUGAAGCAAUGACAUCCUAGACCUAGAGUGUGACGGUUUGUCUUCGACGAUGACGAUCCUCAUAUUGUCCACUAUCCUUAAUUCAGGAACAGAAGAAUGCAAGGGAAAAAAGAGAUGUAGAGGUCUGUGUGGUUUUGUUUUUCUUCUCCAUUGUGUUUGCCUGUGUGUGUGUCAGUGAGGUGCCUGUUGGAAACCAGGAACUCUACAGAAAUCCAGCAGGAAACAGUUUGGUUCCUGCAGGAUUCGAAAAAUAUCUCCUGUUCCAAACGGGACCGUGGAGCUGUCGGUACGAGUGUAAGGUUGAGCUCAUUGUACUGUACAUAGUACAUCUAUAUACGUAGAUGCAUACGUGGCUCAAGUGCCUUACCUCUGAGUGUGGGAGGUUGGUGGGGUGUGUCUGUCCCUGCUUUUGGUUAUUUAAUCGCCUGUCAAUUUGUUGUUGCCUGAUGUGGCCUCCUC